AUGAAUGACGAGCCAGCGCCAGCGGCGCCUAUCCCAAGCCAGACACAACCAAUCCCGCCGACCGAGAUCAAAUGGGUUCAAGGCGGCGAAAAGGUUUACGUCACCGGUUCUUUCACCGGGUGGCGCAAAAUGAUUGGGCUCGUACGGUUGCCCGAUGGCUCGUUCAGCAUCAAACUCGCGUUGCCGCCGGGUACCCACCGCUUCCGGUUCGUCGUGGACAACGAGUUGCGUUUCAGUGACGUGUUGCCCACCGCCACCGACCAGAUGGGUAACUUUGUGAACUACAUCGAGGUUGCAAGUUGGGCGGCACCAACACCCGUGCAUGCACAGCCUCUGAGCGCGGACCUCCGCACGAAAAAGUUGCGCUCUGCAGACUCGAAGCUCGGACUUACACAAGACGACGACGACAUGGGCGGCGGAUACACGCGCUACCACGACGAGUCGCAUGUGCAACUCGCGCCGCCCCACGACUACACCCACCACAUUCCCGCAAUCUUUACCGACCCAAAGGUCAUGGAGCAAUACUACCUCACCUUGGACCAGCAGCAACGUGGCGGCCAGCAGCAGUGGUUGAUCCCGCCGCAAUUACCGCCGCAUCUCGAGAAUGUAAUUUUAAAUAACUACUCGGGUAACGACUCGGGAAGCGCUGGAUUACAGAACAUUUCGGGGGCGUUGCCGAUCCCGAACCACGUAGUGUUGAACCACUUGGCCACGACGAGCAUCAAGCAUAACACGUUAGCAGUGGCGAGUAUUGUGCGGUACAAGCAGAAAUAUUCGACGCAGAUUUUGUACGCUCCAUUGCAAUAA